AUGGCAGACUUCAACUCACAAAACGGGGUGACUCAAAACCAAGUCAAGAAGCUGACAAGCCAAAUGGCGAACACCACUCUUCAGGACAAGCCGAUUCAAACAAACGCUGCAACCCAACAGCCCACUGACCCAGGCCAAGCCGAGCAGGACGCCGAGAUCGCACGCCGAAAGCAACCAUACCGCGCCAGAAUUGCCAGAGCCGCAGCAGCUCUCGAAGAGAUGUCCGGGAUCUACUGCGCUUUCAAACCAAGCAUCCGCGGCCACGAGGACAUCAAGAAGUCCUAUCGAGUCGCUUGCGACGAUGCCUUUCUUCGAAGCUUCUGGUGGGAGGAAGUAGCGGCGCCGAAGUAUCUGGCGGAGUCGCCGAGCAGUUGGGGCGUCGACCUCGUGUUUGAGAAUGCAAAGCGUGGCCUUUACGAUUGGAGUGAGGAGAAUUUCGUAGCUGAAGAUCUUGCCGAGGAGAUGGUGAGGUGUGACGAGCGCAAAGUUGAGGAGUUAAAGGAGGCGAUGAUGGCGCAUUUGGAGGUUCAGAGUCGUGUGCAGUUUGAUGAGUUGAAGAUUGAUCGAUGA